UUUGAAUUACGCGCGCAUAGACCUUCUUCUACUGCUCAGCCAUGGAAAUGGAUGAUUCUGAGCACGUGGUUCCGUUCCAGCUUCAGUUCGACAAGCCCAUCGCUUCUCAGGUGAAAAUUGCGGAAUGGAACCCGGAGAAGGAUCUAUUGGCAAUGGUGACGGAGGACUCGAAAAUCACGCUCCAUCGGUUCAAUUGGCAGAGGCUAUGGACCAUUUCACCAGGCAAAUCCAUUACGUCUUUGUGUUGGCGUCCGGAUGGUAAAGCGAUAGCUGUAGGGCUUGAGGAUGGAACCAUUUCGUUGCAUGAUGUAGAGACUGAGAGUGGGAAAUUGUUGAGAAGCUUGAAGUCUCAUGGUUGUCUGUCUUAACUGGGAAGAGGAGAGAGAGCUGCCGACUUUCAGAACAACUCUGGCAACUCGUUGGUUUUUGAAGACCGUACUCCCCGAUUCUUUCCUCCUGCUCCAAGGGCUCCACGGAUGUCUGGUGUUGUGACAAGUGAUGCCAGUUUCAUGGAUGAUAGUGAAGAUUCAUACAGCACUGGACUCCUCUCCCCAGGAAGAGUUUCUGAGCCUUUUAGGUGGUGGUCGUACUAGUCCGGCUGUUCAUCAAUUUCUAGUCAACACUCUUGGAGAAGUGGCAGGCUUCACUCCUUGCACAAGUUCCAGUUUCCUGAAUCUGCAGAUCGUUGACAUAUAUUUCCUCUAAUUUCUGUUUCAUUGGUAGGGUGUCAAACGUGUGUCAAAGGUAGUCUGCGGUGCUGGAAAAGAACGUCAACGUGUAGUCCUUGAACAUCUUCAGCCUGCUGCAGAAAUAAUUGCGUUUAGGAUGGGAGAACUGAGAUGCCUUUCAAGAUGGCUUCACGCUUCCAGGUUAUAGGUUUGGAUGAGACGCUUGUUGCUUAUGCAACAGAAAAGUCAGGCAUGAUGUUGGUACAAGUUGAACAAUUCAUGAGGGUGCUCACUUCUGUGGAGCAGCAGCUUUCCAAUUUCUUCAACUGGCUUCUCAAAUGUAUAAAGCUGUUGAUGCAAGAACCAAGUGAUCAACUUCUUCCAUAUAAUAGUGAACUUGUUGUCAUAUUCAUGAAGUUCCUAUAUAAUCAAGAUCCAGUUAGAAAGUUGCUGGAUCCCUCUGAAGUUGAUCAACCAGUUGAAGCUGACUUGGAAACAAUGCAAAGUGUCCAAGACUUAGUUCAGUUCGGGGAAUUUUGGGAUACCGAAUAUCUUCGCAGGACAUUAGCGAAAGAAUUCCAACAAAUGGAGUCUAGGAUGAUUCUGAAGCAAAUGACAACAACUCUAUGGAUUAUAUAUGCUUUCAAGUCCCCAGUUGCUCAGGUUGUUUUUCUACUGAACGGAGCAACAGACACCCCUGAAACCUCGGGGGAUGCCUCGACAAGGGGCGUGGCUUGUGUUUUUGCUGCUAGAAAGCGUGCGCUGGUUUACAUCCUUGAAGAAGAUGAAGAAGACGUUCUUGAGAUCGAAAGUUGAAUUGAUUCUCUCCGUUGUUUUCCUCUAUCGCCAAAAUGUUGCAAAGAUUAUUCCCUUAGCGAGGAAUUCUACAUUUUCCCUAGUAGUAGACCAUUUAACGAUGUUUUAAGAAAA